UAAUGCCAAUACAACCACCUACAUAAUCUGCGCCCUGAGUGACCAGUGUAAGCGCUGAAAUUAAUCUAGUCGUGUUAGAGCUUUUAAGCGAGGCGCGCAAGUUUCUGACAAUUCUGACUGCAAUUAACGAUAAAAUUCUAAAAAGUGUAUAUCUUGUGUUGCGCGAUACUAUUAACUUUAAGUGUAAUUCAACGAAAUCGUAUAUUCGUGUACGUUUCGGAACAAGAUAAUUUUAUUGUCGAGGUACAUUCUUACUAGGACGAAAAACAGACGGCAGUAGCGGACAUUUGCAAGUUAUAUCUCGAACAAGAAUUUAUAUCCACUGCACGAGAAGUAUCCGGAAAAUUUGAGAGAAUGAAGACCGUCUGGAUAAUUGGUGGGCCAGGAUGUGGAAAAGGAACACAGUGCGAACGAAUAAUUGAAAAAUAUGGAUUCUUUCACAUAAGCAGCGGUGAUCUACUGCGAGAAGAAGUUGCCAGUGGUAGUCCCAGGGGAGCUUCGCUACAGGAAACCAUGUCCCAAGGUUUAUUUGUCCCAACGGAUAUCGUACUGGAUCUGAUAAGAGAACGGAUGGAAAAGGCUAAGAAGGAAAAUGCUACAAAAACUGGAUUUCUUAUUGACGGAUAUCCCCGUGAAUUAGAACAAGGUCUCCUUUUCGAAAAGAAAGUGUGUCCUGUCGAUUUAAUCAUUUUCUUCGAUGUCUCGAACGAAACAUUAGAGAAGAGACUACUAGGGCGCGCAGCAGUAUCACAAAGAGCUGACGAUAAUCUUGAAACGAUCAAAAAGAGAAUUCAGAUAUUUAACGUAAAAAAUGGAGAAAUCGUUAACCAUUAUAAAGACAAAGUUCUAAGAAUCAAUGCUGAAGGCAGUGUGGAUGACAUAUUCGCCGAAGUUUCGAAAGCGUUAGAUGCUUUGUUGAAAUUGAACUAGGUCCCGAAGUCUCUCAUAGAGAUCCUUCUGUAAAACCGUCAAAAUCAUUCGAUACAAUUCUUUGGAAGUCUACGAUCAAAAUAUAAAAUAUAUAUUAUGUUUCUUAUCCAUUUAUACUUAUACAAAUAUUUGAUUUGUACAAGUCUAUGAAAGAUUAAUUCAACGUUUUGAUAGUUUGGCGUACAGUAACCGUCGAAUACGUGUAUUAGAUACCAAAGAGUACCUGUUCUUGUUGGCGAUAUAUUCUAUAACGAGUUAAGAUAGAACUGUUAACGAAAUAAUUCACGAUAUUUCGUAGAAAAUACCUCAUUAUUUCAUUGUUAUAACAUUGCUCGUAAUUUUAUCGAUUGUUUCGAAUAAUAAUAAUAAUAAUAAUUAA